UGGCCUUUUCUGGAAAAAUACUGGAGUGGACGCGACCUGUCCGGUUCCUCCGGGUGUAAAGGGUUUGAAAAAUGAUCCGAAGAUGGAGGGUGGAGCUGUAGGUGAUUAGAGACGGAAUACGUUUAGAAAGAAGCUCCUAAAAUGAGCAGCGAUCAGUAAGUUUACUUCUUUACUUUAGCUAGCUUGUGCUAGCUAGCUAGCUAACGUUAGAAGAGUUUUGUAGAUCCGUUGGUUCUGAUCGCACUGCUCUGUAAAUGGAGUGGAUUCGUCGAGAUUUGUCAGAAAAUCAGCAACGUAAUGAUGGGAAACAUGGUCUGGGGUCGGGGCUCGGUGUCGGACCGAAAUGUGUGUCCACGGGUUUGGGUUCGGAUCCGAUUCCGGACGACUGGUGCGACAGCGGCCUGGAUUCACUCAUCAGCACCGAGUUUAUCAGCAUUGACAGUCCGGACCCGGUCCAGAUCACCGCCGAACCGUCUGAUCCUCCAGACCUCUGGGGCUCAGUCCGCUGCGCUGUGACUGUGGACGGAACCGAGACCGAGAGACUGGACUCUGCCAUCGGGGACUCGAUCAACGACGAGACGGUGAAGAGUCUGUCUGAGCGAAUCGGUACCGUGAUCCUGAGCGAACCGACCGGUACAACGACUCGUCCGUCCGGACCGGAGGUCCAGGAUUGGGGCAGAGAUGAGAUCCACAACACGCUCAGCUUUAUAUCAGAGGACGGAGACACGGCGCUGCACCUGGCUCUCAUCCAUGAGCAGUGGCAGUUUUUUCAUCGCCUGCUGGAGCUCAUCACUCACAACCCCAACUGGAAAUCUUACCUGGACAUUCAGAACGACCUAGGACAGACGGCGCUGCACAUAGCCGUGAUUUUGUGCCGCAGUGAGUGUGUGUGUGCGCUGCUGAGAGCCGGUGCGAGUGUGGAGCUGCAGGAGAGAGGAGGAAACACUGCACUGCAUCUGGCUGUGUGUGAGCUGCAGGUCGAGUGUGUGAAGGAACUGACAAGCUCGAGAUGCACCUCACCCCAACACCUCAACAUCUACAACUACGCAGGAGUCAGCGCUCUGCACCUGGCUGUACAGAAGGGGAGGUGUGACAUCAUCAGGAUGCUGCUGGAGGCCGGAGCUGACGUGAACCAGAUGGAUCAGUGUUCGGGGCGCUCGCCGCUGCACUGGGCCGUAGAGUAUCAGAGCUGUUCUGCGGUGGAGCUGAUGCUGCGGUGCGGUGCAAGCGUGGAUCAGCGAUCUUACUCCGGACACACGCCACUCUACUGCGCCCUCUACAGGCCUGACACACGACUACGGGAGCUGCUCCGGAGCGCCGGGGCGUCUGACCCUUACGACGAAGAUGAGGACAAAGAGGAGGAGGAAGAGGAGGAGGAAGAGGAGAGAGAGAGCGAUGAGGAGGAGUUUGAUGAUGUCAUCAUCAACGGACAACGAGUGCUGUAGCUGUUCGAGAUGCAUGCGACCGGGCUGACUAUGGUCAAACGUGUGUGUGUGUGUGUGUGUGUGUGUGUGAAAUUAGCGGUACAGGUAUGACCUCGCUAUGCUGUACAGAUUAAUGCUUAUUUUUGUUAGUUUUCGGAGCAGUACAAUGUACAAUGCUGAAGCUCAGGACUGGUCGAGGAGCCGCUUCAGCGUGUCACUAAAGCUGGGGAUUGUACUGUACGCUGUAGACUGCAGAAACACGGCAGCUUCUGCUUCAACUGCACACGCAUCAGAGGGGUUAUUUUGUUUUAAAGAGCUUAAGAUGAAGCAGUAGCAGCUUCUAGCUUCUUCUUCUUCUCUCUCUCUCUCUCUCUCUCUCUCUCUCUCUCUCUCUCUCUCUCUCUCUCUCUCUCUCACAUCUCCAUCAGCAUGUGCUUGGAUCAGGCACCAAAAAGAAAACCAAAAAAAACCCCAAAAUUCAGGACUUUAGAGAUCAAAAACCAAAACCACAAAAAAAAAAGCUUGAUUUUUAUUUGUCAUCAUCAUCAUCUUCCUCUUCUUCUUCUUCUUCUUUUUCAUUCUUAUUAUUCAUUAUUAAACUAAUGAAUUAUUUUGCGCUGUCAUGUAAAACAAGCGUUAAAUGAAACCACCAGUUACUCAAUAAAAACAUUAUAUGAUUAUAAAACAUUCAAAUGAUCGACAAACCGUUUUUUUGUUGUAAUCGUAAAAAAAAAAAAAUGUAAUCAGGAGUUUAAAUUUAAUUCACUUAAAUUCUACUAUGCAAAAUUUUUUUGUUUGUUUUAAGCACCAGUCCAAAAAAAAAAAAAGAUUUUCAGCAUUUUUUCCAGUUAAAAGCUACAACACGAUGAAAACAGUCGCGUUUAUUAUAAACGAAUAGAUAUCUGUUUGUCCAAACGAUAAAUAACAUGCACAAAAAAAAAAAAUUUGUGCUAAAUUUUCAGGAGGUAAAUCGGGACGUUUUUCGGUUGCGAUUUCAAAAAAAUUCUGAUUUUUAAAAAAUGAAUUUCCUGAAAAAUUUUGGCUGGGAAAAUUCAGCAGUACUCGAUAUCAGGAAAUGAAACAUGCGCUGAAACUGGAGCUUUACCUCUUUUAUCUAAACCUGUUCUCUCACCUUUGGCCACGCCUCCUACUCGCCCGAGCCCGGCUUCGUGAUGCAGCAAUUCUUUUUUUUCUAACAGAUAACUAUGUCUGUGUUUGUGUGUGUGUGUGUGUGGGGGGGGGGGGGGGGGGGGGGGGGUGUUGCUGUAUAAACAUCAGCAUUGUUAGCUUGGUAGCUGCCGGAAAGAAAAAAGAAAAAAAAAGACACUACAUUUUUUGACGGAUUGGACAGCAUGUGAUUUGACUUUUUUUUGGCUGAACUUUGAGCUGUGAUGAUAAAUGAUAGUGAAAGUGAUUUAAAAAAAUUUACAUUAACAUUGGACUUACUGUUUAGCCGACUGUUUAGCUGUUGGCAGUUGUAGGUCUGUAGUUAAAGUUGUGUGUCUGCAUUACAAACACCUUUAAAGUCGCAGCGCUUGAGCUUUAGCUGUGUAUAGAUGAAUCCUUACAAGAAAUCCAACUAGAAGAUAUUCCAAGCGGUGGAAUUUAUAUAUGAUGGUUAUAUAUUUAUAGUGUUUAUGUCGCAGCUUUGAUGUGAGCACGUUCGAUUUCUAACAUAUUUUGAUUUAGUUCUGUGUUUAUUAUUAUUAUUAUUAUUAUUAUUAUUAUUAUUAUUAUUAUUAUUAUUAUUUGUUUCUGGGGAUGAAGAAGUAUAAAAAGUUGGCAAAAGAAAAAUCGCUGAAAGUCAGCAAGGAGAAUUUUUUUUCGUAGUUGUAAGGAAAAAGCUCACGGUUUGUUCAUGCGUAUGGAGAAACGUACGCUCGUUAAGAACGCCCACUAGUGGAAAAAUAAAUAGAUAAAUAAAUAAUUAAUUAAAACUCCGCCUCCUGAAGCAAACAGGAAACGAUUAUUUUUACAUUUAAGGUUAAAUUUCUAAAAUUGAAAUCCUGAUUUAGAAAAUUCUCUUUUAAUCAAACAAAUUGUUUUUAGUUAGAAACUGUGUAAAAAUGGUUGAAUUCAAUGAGAGUAAAUAGCUUUGAGUUUUGUGUGUAAAAAAUUAAUAAUAAUAAUAAUAAUAAUAAUAAUAAUAAUAAUAAUUUAAAAAAACAGUUUUGGAUGAGAAUCUGUCUAUUAGAUGUACCGAAAUCACAUCAGAUGUUCACCUGGAAUUAAAAAAGCUUUAUAAAUUUAUAAAGUUUUGCUGUAGCAGAAAAACAAGAUACUAAAUCUUUUUUUUUUUUAUUGAGGUUGGAGAUGAUUUCAUCUGCAGAAAGAAUAAAAAAAAAAUAGGAAAAGAGAGACACGAUGUGUGUAAGUGUGACGGAUGGAACGAAGGAUGGAAUAGACGAGACGGGAACCUGGAAGUCGAUUUGUACUGAUACGAUGUACGGGAUUAGAUGAUCGGACAUGAGGAUUUAAGUACCGGAUAUUCUAAUAAUCUAUUGAGAAUGAUAUAUCUUGAUAAGGGCUCUGAACUCAUCCCUGUGAUGUUUCUCUUCUGAUUUAUUUUGUUAGGAUUUGUUUAUUUGGUCUGCCUCGUGUCGAAUCGGGUGACGGUUGAAGAUUGUAAAGUUUUAAUGCUUUAAAUGAAAAUAAAAACGAUGAGGGGGAAAAAA